CCUCCUCCCCUCACUUCCAAAGUUAUGCACAUAAUUCACCUUUAAGUUCAUUGUUUGAUCCAUUUCCAACCCAGAAAGCCUGAAAACAAGAAUCCUCAGUACUCAUCCCUAGCAGGAACAAUGGAAGGGCAGGGUGAAGAUGUGAGAUUGGGAGCCAAUAAGUACAGGGAGAGGCAGCCUAUAGGAACAGCCGCUCAAACCCAAGAUGCCAAGGACUACAAGGAACCACCUGCAUCACCACUGUACGAGACUGGCGAGUUAAGCUCAUGGUCCUUUUACAGGGCCGGCAUAGCAGAAUUCGUAGCAACUUUCUUGUUCCUUUACAUCACUGUUCUAACCGUGAUGGGCGUCGUCAAAUCUCCAACCAAGUGCAAGACAGUGGGGAUCCAGGGCAUCGCUUGGGCUUUCGGUGGCAUGAUCUUCGCUCUUGUCUACUGCACCGCAGGCAUUUCUGGAGGACAUAUUAACCCGGCGGUUACGUUCGGGCUGCUCUUAGCGAGGAAGUUGUCGCUUAUAAGAGCAGUCUUUUACAUGAUAAUGCAAUGUCUCGGAGCCAUAUGUGGCGCUGCAGUCGUAAAGGGCUUCGAAAAGAGCCAAUACGAAACACUAGGCGGCGGUGCAAACACCGUUAAUACAGGCUAUAGCAAGAGCAGUGGCCUCGGAGCUGAGAUUGUUGGUACCUUUGUUCUAGUCUAUACUGUCUUCUCCGCCACUGAUGCCAAGCGUAAUGCACGAGACUCCCACGUCCCGAUCUUGGCACCACUGCCUAUUGGGUUUGCUGUGUUCCUAGUUCACUUGGCAACAAUUCCGGUCACCGGAACAGGCAUUAAUCCGGCUCGGAGCCUCGGCGCAGCUCUUAUUUACAACAAGGAGCAAGCAUGGAAUGACCAUUGGAUAUUCUGGGUAGGGCCUUUCAUCGGAGCAGCACUGGCAGCUUUGUACCACCAAAUAGUGAUAAGGGCCAUCCCUUUCAAGUCCAAAUAAGCCGUUGAUGGCGGAAACAGGUGUUUGAUAUGUCAGUCUGUGAUGUUUCAUUUUCUUCUACGAUGAAAGAGUACGGUGUUUUGUUUUCCUGGACGUAAAUAAAAUGGUCAUUUAAAGAACAACCAUGGCUACUGGUGGUGGUUCCAUGCUAGUGAACGUUAUCAUGCAAGGAGAAAUGAUCAUUUCUACUCUAUAAAUUUUCGAUUGGGUUAGUUUUA